GCCAUGUCGUGUAGAACUGCAUUAAAUAGGCUACAUGGGUAUAUCAGUAAGACACUGGGGGAAUUAAAGGGUGUUUAUUACGGGGUCAGGUUCUGUGUGGGGUGGGAAGUUAAAGCCCAGUGUCCUUGGAUACGACCCGUUACUAGGCAACCGGACAAACACAAACACCGGACAACAUCUUCACAGGUGCAGCUGAUGAUACCUCUGUGCCUGAAUUACAUCUAAAUCACCCGGUGUGUGUUAUUUAUCCCGGUGUGUGUUAUUUAUCCCGGUGUGUGUUAUUUAUCCCGGUGUGUGUUAUUUAUCAAUCUUCAAUGUCUGCGCGAGUUUUAUCGACGCGGCCCCGUUACGGCGCGCACGCGGAGGAAACCCUCGACCAGCACCGUUACACCGGCACUUCCGCCGGUCUCGCGACGGCCGGUUACCGUUCCGCUAAGUACACCCCGGAUGAGUGGUUCGCCAACAACCGCGCCGCGCUGAACCGGGCCGCCGCAGAGAGCGCGAGCGCCGAACAGAUCCAGCGCGCGUCCAAAGCGCUCCGGGCGGAAACCGAGGCGAUCGGCGCGCUCCGGCAGACCGACGGCACCAGGCACCUGGGCGAGCGCCUGCAGGAUAUCCACUUCCGGAAGUCGGAGCUGGAGCGGCACAUCGCGCGCCUGCAGGCGGACACCGAGCGGCUCGCGACGCUGAAGCGGAGGCUGGAGAAAGCGCUGCACGCCACCGAGAUCCCGUUCGCCAUCGCCGCGGAUAACCUCACGUGCAGAGAGAGACGCUCCGGUCCAGACCUCGUUCAAGACCGAGUGGAGGAAGAACUUCUCAAAGAAGUGGAGCUGAUUAAGAGCGUCCAAUCUCUGCUGAAGGAAACUCUAGAUCAGACUGUCAGUCAGAUCAGGCUAAACCGGAACACUCAGCAGAUUCUGGAGCUCGACUGGUCCGAUAAACACGAAGCCUACAGUCUGGACGAUCAGUGUGGACGCUAUGGCAACACCAGCACAAACACACAACAUCAUGCUAACUCAGCUACAGCACAACAUCAGGUGUGUGAUGUAGAUGGGUGGAUGAGGUUCACUCAGAGUAACGUGGCUCAGGCUGAGCGUGAGGAGGAGGCGAGUGUGGCGCUGUGUAUGUUGUGUGAGCGUGUGCUGCAGGAGACUGCUGAGGACCUUCAGGUGCAGAGCGACACCGUGAAUGAGGCCUUCACACAGCGCUGCAAGGAGCUCACACACAUCAAGAGCCAGCUGGAGCUGCAGCUUAAACAGGUACUGGAGCAGAUCGGUUCUCAGGAGCGGAACAUCAGCUCUCUGCAGCAGGCCGUGUUUGAUAAAGAGGCUCCUCUGCGUGUGGCUCAGUCACGACUGCGCUCCCGAGCACAGAGACCAAACAUGGAGCUGUGCAGAGACCAGCCUCAGAUCAGUCUGCUCGGUGAGGUGGAGCAGAUCUCAGGCAGUGUGUGUGCUCUGCAGCAGCAGUUGUAUGAGGCGCGCGACUCUCUCGCUCGGCUGGAGGAGAACAGGAUGCUGCUGGAGAAGGACAUCGGCUGUAAAACACACUCGCUGCUCAUCGACCGGGAGAAGUGUCUGAAACACCGCACACUGUACCCCACCGUGCUCACGCUGUCCGGAUACUGACACACACACACACACACACACACACACACACACACACACACACACACACACACACUGUACCCCACCGUGCUCACGCUGUCCGGAUACUGACACACACACACACACACACACACACUGUACCCCACCGUGCUCACGCUGUCCGGAUACUGACACACACACACACACACACACACACACACACACACACACACUGUACCCCACCGUGCUCACGCUGUCCGGAUACUGACACACACACACACACACACACACACUGUACCCCACCGUGCUCACGCUGUCCGGAUACUGACACACACACACACACACACACACACACACACACACACACACACACACACACACACACACUGUACCCCACCGUGCUCACGCUGUCCGGAUACUGACACACACACACACACACACACACACACACACACACACACACUGUACCCCACCGUGCUCACGCUGUCCGGAUACUGACACACACACACACACACACACACACACACUGUACCCCACCGUGCUCACGCUGUCCGGAUACUGACACACACACACACACACACACACACACACACACACACACACUGUACCCCACCGUGCUCACGCUGUCCGGAUACUGACACACACACACACACACACACACACACACACACACACACACUGUACCCCACCGUGCUCACGCUGUCCGGAUACUGACACACACACACACACACACACACACACACACACACACACACUGUACCCCACCGUGCUCACGCUGUCCGGAUACUGACACACACACACACACACACACACACUGUACCCCACCGUGCUCA